UUUUCGAAAGUUUACCAUAUGCAAAUCUGUACAGCCCGCUGCAGUUCAAAACAUCAUUUCAUCAAAUUUUGUAGCGGCGAAAUUCAGCUUUCUAACCGUAAUAUUGACUUUCAUCAUUGGUGCCAAGUGAUAAAGCUCGACCUACUAAUGUCCACAUCAGGAGAGAAGAGGAAGAAGGAUAGUAUAGGAGCCAGCUGCAGGAGGAAGAAAGUUCGGAAAUCAAUGAGCUGGCGUGAGAGCAAAGAGGCCAUCAAACAAGACUUGGAGAAAUUCUUUCAGGAGAAGUUUACAAGCGGUGCUAAAAUGGAGCGUAAGCGAGAGAAGAUCCUGACAGAGAUCUUUGCAUCAGAACGACGGUACUUGGAACAGUUGGAUAUUAUCAUCACUCAUUUCAUAAAACCAUUGAGACAGCUGGGUAUCGUGCCUGAGAAUGAUAUUCGUAUCAUGUUUGGAGACAUCACUGCUAUCCAAGCAAUCAACAAAGAGCUCUUAGCUCACAUGGAAGAGAUGAGUAUCGGUGAAGCAUUCCUACAGCUAGCUCCUUACAUCAAGCUCUACUGUACCUAUGCUAAUAACUUUGAGAAGGCUGUCGAUCUUCUACAGGAAUGGGGAAACAAGACAGCUAAGUUUGUUAGGUUCUUGAGAGAGACGGAGAAGAAAGAACAGUGCCGUAGUCUUACAUUGCAUGCACUACUCAUAACUCCUAUUCAGAGAGUUCCAAGAUACAAACUCUUACUCAAGCAACUCUUAGACCACACACCGUCUAGCCACGAGGACUAUUCCAAAAUCAAAGACGCCCUUCAAAACAUCUCCGAAGUAACGCAUGGUAUCAAUGAGUACAUCAGAGAACAUGAGAACUUUCAGAAGAUGUUUGAUAUCCAGAAUUCUCUGGGUGGCAGGGCUCCUAAACUCAUCGUCCCUGGUCGCAAGUUCAUCAAAGAGGGCCCACUCAUGAAGGUCACUAAAAAUGGCUCCGGGUCCCACGAGCGCAUGUUCUUCCUCUUCUCAGACAUCUUGAUCUAUGCCAAGCAUAACAUGAGCCUAGAACGCCCCCUACUGACCAAACCUUACACAUGUUCGUCUGUAAUUCAGCUUGAAGAUUGUAAGGUAGAUCUCGUGCUCGGGGAACAGAAGAUUGAUGGAGCGGGGGCGCUGUUCAAGCUGUCAUACAAUGCGGAUCAUCUCCUGUUAUAUUCCACCGACAACAACGAAGCACUGUCAUGGAUCGACAAGCUUCAGGGAACUAUCCAAACGCUGAGGAGAAAUCGCGCUUCACUCCGUACACCGUCCGUCAUGGAGAGACGCAAAGAAGAGGCUUUCACACGCGAUGCGGGACGAACGCCGUUCAGAGCAAGCAUGAGAAUCCGCAGUAUGUGCAGGAAACCGCAACUCACCAGCAGCCAGUUAGUUUCUCAGGGGGCAUCUCCUUCUCCUAUGCCAAAGAGGGAUCUUCUUUAUCCCAUGAGGAAAGACAUCUUGAAAAUGAGCGACAAAAAGGCUGACAGCAUGACGACAAGAUCAGCAUCAUCCCCACCGAUGACUACGAGAAGUGCCGCUAGACGAUACCCUCUGGGACAUCACAUGACACAACAACCUGUAGCAUCAUCACCGAGGCGUAGUCGCACCCAGGCCAAACGACCCAGGUCACUCCCUCCUCAACUCUCCAAGAAGAAAGUGAGGAGACUACAAGAUCGUGGACCACUCCCACUCAAGAAGAAGAAGAAGAGAGAAGAUCCCGAGAUGACAGUUUAUGAAGAUGCCGUGGAUCACGGUACGACGACGGAUGAUCAUGAUAACACGCUCUACCAGACGGCCAUGGCAGAGGACGAAGGGACCCAUACCGAGAUCUACCCUAUGACCCCUAGCAGGGAACGUACCACUAGCUACCGUAGGGGGGAGCAGGUUCUUCAGGAGAUGCCUCCCCUCACCACAGCACAGAAUGGAGACAGUCAAUGCAUUAUCCUUUGAGGAGGCUAGGCUAGGCUAGGUAGCAAUCUGAGAUGCACGGGCCUACGUGUUAUCAGUGUCUGUGAUAUGGUGUAAUAUUUAAGCCCUGAAAAAAAUUGCGCUUCGAAAUGAUUUUUCCCAAUAGACUGUAGUGUUAUGAAAACUGUUUGGUAAACGGUUUGCAAAAUUUGUUAUUCCAAUCAUAAAUAUCUUGAUAAUCAGUAAAAGUCAUGGGGUUAAAGGUUUAUAAUUAUGAUUGCAGCAAGAGCUAAAUCCAGGAUUUUGUUAAGAAUCUGAGACAAAGAUACCCAAUCCCUUUAAACAGAUGAAACGCAACUUGAUUUCCAGCCAAUCAUGAUCACGUAUGUAGGGCUUGCAUUUAUUUUUCUAAGGUGUGUUUAAUGGCAACUUUUUACUUAUGCAAGAGGGACCUAGAGCAAUAUUUAUGUACCUGUUAGUGUCUGGCUCUAAUUAAUAAUAAAAACAAUUUUAGAGGUAUAAAACACAUAUAUCAGCUUAUAAUAGCCCAACAAUAAUCCAUACAUUUUAAAACUUUACACAAGCUAACAAAUGAUAUAAUUUGGCAAGAUAUUUACCUGCACUUGCUACUCUCCACCCAGGUGUUAAAUAGCUAAACCUGUGCAUACGUGCAUGGUAACCGUUAGGGUUAGUGAUAGGGUUAUAAUAAUCAUGCAAACCCAC